AGCUGCCGGGAACAUGGCUGGCAGAUCGGUGCUGCUCGCGGCUGUCUCUCUUCUCUCUGCCUUCCAGCAACUUCACUUGGCUUGGCUGGUGGGGAAUUCAAGAAUGAAGCACAAGGUCAUGCCCCCAGCUGUCACUGGAGCUCCAGAGUUCGACAGAACAUUCCGUGCACAGCAAAACUGUGUGGAGUUUUACCCAGUGUUCCUGACUCUCCUCUGGACCGCAGGGUGGUUCUUUAAUCAAGAAGUAGCUUCCUUGCUGGGUGUGCUGUAUGUGUUUACCCGCUACAAGUACUUCCAUGGUUACGUCCAGUCCGUGAAAGGAAGGGUAACAGGGUUUUACCUGAACUUGAUCAUCCUGACCUGCUUGUUAACCCUGGGUGUAGCUGGACUUGUUAACAGCUUCCUGGAUGAAUACCUGGACGUCAGCCUUGGGAAGAAACUACGCCAGCUGUUCUGAAGGCUGCUUUUCUGUCUCAAAUAAAUAAACCAUGGGGAUGUUUUCCCUUGAACAGCAACAAGAUGAGAAGCUGCAUGUGAAUAAAGCCUCAGAGCUCGU